UCUGGUUACUAUAGUGAUGGGAGAGCGAGUGCUGUUCACAUCUGAUUUCUCUGGACUGGAGGGUCUGGUUUUGCAGGGGUAGAUGCUAGAUUCUUGAUUCUGAAUCCGGCAGUAAGAAAUGUAGGCCUACACUUACAACCUUCAGGCAGCUAUGUAACAAUCUCGGAACGUUUGUAGCGGGCAGGUCUACAGCAUAUUUCAAGUUGGCGAUGGCUACAUCUACUCAACAACACGGUUGUGUGAGGUCAAGAGUCAGCCAAAAGGUGGAUUACAGUAAGUGGGCGCGAUGCGCUAGGGCUAAACAGAAGAAUAAUGAAACUGAUCUUGGGACAAAUGUGGAGGAACCAACUGCAGCAGACGACAACCACCAAACCACAGGAUCAGACCUGGGCCCACCAUCAAGGCCUACAAUAACAAGGCGCCACAAAUCAACUGAUGGAAUCAUCCUACCACAUAUGCCAAUUGGACCCACUAAGAAGAACCUUGAAGUGGAGCGAGCAGAGGUCUCUGUAAAGAGGAAAGACAAGAAGAUCAAAACUUUGAGUCUGUUGGCGAGAUCCCAGAAGAAAUCUGUUGAGGACCUGGAGGCCCUGUGUGCUGUGAUCCAGCAGAGCAACCAGCUCCUGGCACAACAGAUCAGAGAUACAGACCAGAAGUCCUUACUCAGCGCAGGAGAAUUCCUCGACCGACAUGAGAAACUAGGGACGUCUAUCUCCGCUUUCAACGAUUGGGGCCAGAGCCAGAUCACGGAGGCCAAACUUGCCCUCGACCAGUCAGAGGAGGAGUCAAAGAGAAGGCUGUCCGGCCUUCAAAAGGAGCUGUCGUUACUCCACAGCAGACUGGGCAAUGCCCAGGUGGAGCUGCACACUCUGAAGACCUACAAGGACAAGGAGUACCCCGUCAAGGUCCUGAUGAUCAGCAGCCUGAAGAGGGAGCUGGAGUACCUACAGGAGACUCAGCAGGAAGAAUACGAGGAUAUGAAACAACAGUGUCACAAUGCGAAGAUGAAACUAGCCGAGCAGAUAACCCAGAGUAAGCAGAAGGUCUUGAUCUCCACUGCCAAGGAGAACAGCUCUCGCAUUCCCCACUUCAUCAAGCAGAUGGCCGUAGACAACAAGGCCAUGAAAGCGGUGAUCGAGAUCUAUAAAAAGGAAAUCGAGAAGCUGGGAGAGACGAAUGAGACCCUCUCCCAGAGCGUCCAGGACCUGAGGCUGGCCAGAAAGAAUGUGAAAGAGCAGAUCUUUGAAGAUGUGUUCACAACGUUUGAAAAGUGUACUGCAGACAUGGAUGUGGUGCUGAACAUCCCCAAAGCAGAGUGGCUGCCCAUAUAAUCCUGGAUAACAGUGGGUGGAAAUCAGCAUAUGCACAACUCUUGGCGCUCAAGGUUUAGUAAUGAGUUUCAGCUCCCAGUGACCAUGCGGAUUGCCUUUCCUCUCCUUUCCUCCAAUGUACUUCCUUCCUUACACAGCACUCAUGUUACAAGCAACAACCCCGAAUAGAUGUCCUCCUCUGUCUUCUUGAAGUUAUUAAAAAAGCAACUGAGCAGUACCUUUACACUUCAUAUGUGAUGAAUGAAUUGUAGGAACAAAUAAAUCAGUGUUUAAUGAUGUAGUAGGCUAUAACUGUUCAUGGUGCGUGUAUAACAUCUUACAUCAGAGGAAUAAAAUACAACACAUAUUUUUA